AUUGCAUUCUGUUUUUUACGGUUUCUCACAUAUUCCCAUCUCUUUUGAGCGUGAACAACACUAUUCUUUGAUUGUAAUUCUUCACUUGACUUCGUGGUGCCGAAUUCAAGUUUGUUGCCUAAGUCUUUCGUUUGGCCAGCACAUUCUUUUGUCCAACUGCGCUUAGGCAUGAGUCUGCUAUCAAGUGUUUGGCCAAAAAUAAACAGCCCAAGGACCUCGACAUGUGUCUAUGGAAACUGUUGCAAUUGUUGUUCAAAUAUAAACAAACGAUAUGCGAGUGCUUUGCUCAGCCGGCUAACGGUAUAUGCUCGUAUGGUAUGAUGAUUGGUGAUAAAGUACCAGGCCAUAAGUGUGGAAACCGGUUGUCGGCAGUAGUCUCUUAACAUUCAUCGGGCACGCAAUCACUUUUGGGGAAUAGAAUAAUCUGAAAAGAACCAUCGGGAAAACUAGACGCAAUAAAUAUCAAAAUGUACAAAUGCUAUUGCGGCGUAAUGAGAUCAGGAAGUGAGCGGCAGCAGCAACAUCUUGCGCUGCAUCCAGAGCGAGAUCAGCAUCCACGUGGCGAUCUCAGGUCGGUGACCUCAUCUUCCAGACAAAGCCUGCGACCCACCCAGUUUAUAAAGCGUCCAAGCUUGAAGACCCCGCCCAGAUUUGGCCUAGGACACUCCAGCACCGAGCUGGUCAAUGACUUCAGUCGCCGCAACUCCACAGCCACCACGGUGAGUCACUGCUCCAGCUGCAGCUGCAGCUCCUCCCAGCAACGCCAGCAAAGCAGGGCCAAGGUUUUGCGAUGGGGCUGGGAACGAACAGGCGGUAUUGACACCUCAAACACGAGCCACCAUGAUGGAUACACGGACAAUCGGCGGCUUUAUGAGCAGAGCGCAUGCGUCGCCAGUCGCCAGAGGAGCCAAGGUCAGGGUCAGGUUUACAGUGGCAACUCGACGCCAUCGCCACGCCCAGUUCAGUACCACAACCAGCAGGCCACGGAUGAGCUGCAGCAACUGCAGGCCCUGCAGCACUUCCGCCUGAUGAACGUCGGCGAGUGUUUCAGUGAUGGCCGCCAGGAUGAGCUGCGUCUGCAGAGGGCCUAUGAUAGAAUAAGUUGUGGUAACACGGACAAGUGGAACAAGGAUCGGGCCAAUGAGAGCAGGCAACAGGAAGUGACAAGCACCACACCCUAUGCCCUGAGGCAGAAGCUGCUCCAGCUGAGGCUCCAGGAGGAGGAGCGGCGUGGCAGGGGCACGGGAGCCACAUGUGCUCCUUUGGGAAAGAGCUGCGCACUGCGAUACAACUAAACUAAGUGCAAUAUAAGCUAUAUUAA